AUGAAUUGUGUAAAUUGUAAUACAAAAGUAGAAAAUCCAAAUGCAAUGACCUAAUGUCCUCAUUGUAAUCAUGAAAACUAAGAUUGGUAUUUUAGUUGUGAAAACAAUAUACUCCUCGUUGAUAUGAUUCUAUGUAAAGUAAGUGCUUAUCGACAUUUACUAAUAAAUAGUUAAGUAUUGAAUAUAUUUAAAUUUAAGUAUGCUCUGAUACCAGCCUCAACUAUUUUGUUCAUUACUUAUAUACUUUUAGAAUUAUUUUAUAAAUAUUAAUCAAAUAUACUACACAAAUAAGAAUAGGAAUUGAAUUUUGAAGAUGUUUAGAAAUAAACAAUAGAUAUAACAUUAACAUUAUUGUCAUAAAUUGUUACAAUAUAUAUAAUAUCAUUAAUUAUAUUUAGAAAAUUACAACACUAAUAAAUGAUUAUUGGUUUGAUUUUAUCCUAAUUUGGAAGAUUAGCAAUUAUUAUGUUUGUUAUUUGGGGUCAUUAACCAUUUUAUAAAUAAAUGGCUUCUUUGUCAAUAAUUAUGAGUGAAUGGACAACAAUAAGAUCUUUGUGUGAAUACAAGAAUGAAUGGUUAAAAAGUGGUAUUGUUAUAAUUUUAACAAUACUUCUAAGAUAUUUUUUGAAUAAUAGUAUAACAAUAUUAUGA